AGGAACAGAGUGAUAAGACAGUUCCAAAGUUCAGCUCCACACCUGUGGACCCACAGCAGUCUCCACUCGCCAGCUCACAUCUCCUGGCCUCCCUCUUCCACCGCCUGGGUCUACCGACUGGGUCUACUUCCUGGUUCUACCGACUGGGUCUACUUCCUGGGUCUACCGACUGGGUCUACUUCCUGGUUCUACCGACUGGGUCUACUUCCUGGGUCUACCGCCUGGGUCCACUUCCUGGGUCUACCGACUGGGUCUACUUCCUGGUUCUACUGCCUGGGACAACUUCCUGGUUCUACGUCCUGGUUCUACUUCCUAGUUCUACAACCUAGUUCCUCCUCCACUACCUGGUUUUAGUACCUGGAACUCCCUGGUUCUCCUGGUCUCCCGUAUCUACCUGCUUCCAGAGGAGGGGGUUGUUGAUCUGCUGUGUUCCCAGGGAUCCAGAGCCCUCUGUGGGGUACCUCUCAGCUCUGCGCCCCUGCUGGGCAGGGCUGUGGACCCUGGUCUGAUCAGACCCUCAUAACCCGCAGGGAUGCUCCGUCCUGUGCUGGUCCUGGUUCUGCUGCUGUACCACCAUGGCUGCGGGGUAUCAUGUCAGGAGAGACCAUACUUCGUAUCCAGGAACUUCCAUAACGUGCUGCAGUGGGGUGAAGAUGGAAGUGGUGGAGGGGACGUCCUCUACAGUGUCUUCUGGGCCAGAUACGGGACAGAGUUUGUGCCGAAGCUGGAGUGUCAGAACAUGAGGUCUCUCUCCUGUAACCUCAGUGCUGACACGACGUACGACUACCACUCCUCCCGCUUCCUGGCUCGUGUCUACGCCAACACCACGCUGCUGGGAGAGACACCAACCUUCAAACCCCUGGAAGACACGGUACUGGGCCCUCCCCUCCUGAAGGUAGUUGAGGGUGAGCUGAAGGGGUCUGUGGAGGUGCUCUGCUCUCUCCCCCCCAGGGUUGAGGAGGUGCUCACCAAGAACAAGUUACCAUACUCCCACUAUGAUGCCCACUACAACCUCACCAUCACCACUGGCAACGCUGACGUGAAGGAGACUUCCAAUGGGGUGUUCGAGGUCCAGAGACCAGGUGUGUCAAAGGCCUGUGGGGCAGUGGUGUACCGUCCCUACCUGAACCAGCAGCGCUCCCCCAGCCAGGAGGCCUCCUUCUGCAUCAAUGCCCACCCCACAGAUGACCCCUGGCACCUGUUCCCAUGGUUACUGUUGUCCGCCUGUCUCCUGGUGGGGUGCGUCCCCGUAGUAACAGUGUUGACGUGUCACUACGUGAGACAGAAGCGGGAUCUUCCUGACUGCACGAAAGUGAUGUCCAGCAAGGGCCCCCCUCACCUGCUCCAGCCCCAGAAGGUGGUCCUCUCCCUGGCCCAUGCCGAGGGGCCCUGUCUGGGGGGGACAGAGGGGGCCAGGAAGCCCCCCCUCACCAGGCCCCAGGUCAGCAGGGACUCUGGCUGUUACUCCCCCCAGGACGCCCCCUCCACCCCCUCCACCCCCCUUCUCUGGCAGCGGGGGCCCCUCUCCCCCCAGGACGCCCCCUCCUCCCCCUCUCUCUGGCAGCGGGGGCCCCUCUCCCCCCAGGACGCCCCCUCCUCCCCCUCUCUCUGGCAGCGGGGGCCCCUCUCCCUCCAGACACCCCCUCCAGAAGACUCCAACAACAGCCUCCACUCCUCCACCAUCUACAGCAUGGUGGGGGUCCAACCAGCCAGGGAGGGGGGCCCGUCCCCCCUGGGGCUCAGAGAGAACCAUGCCCAGCUGUGGGCGCCGCCUCCAGGGGAGCCUCCCUCCCAGAGCCUCCUGGAGCCCCCCCCCUCUCUGGGCCCCCGCCUCCCUGGACUGCAGCCGGACACCCAGAGGGACACGUCCGUCUGUCUGACGCUACUCUCUCACAUCGAGGGGGGUUUUCCCCUGGCAAACCUGGCAACCGCUGGACAGAGGGCGCCCCUGUUGUCAGACCUUCUCUGCGAGAGGGAUUCUGAUUGGCUGGACCCUGAGGAGACCCGUGUGCACGCCUCCAACCAGGUCCCCCCGGCCCCCCAGCACGGCCCCCCCCUCUGCCUCCCACACACCCCCCCCCCAGGAGAGCCGUCAUCUGGGUACAAGCAGAGCUGGUUCCCUGGGAUAGUGGUGGAGGGGGAGCACCAUGCGACCCAGCCUCCCCUCAGAGGUGACCACAGAGAGGAGGGGGAGCACCAUGCUACCCAGCCUCCCCUCAGAGGUGACCACAGAGAGGAGGGGGAGCACCAUGCUACCCAGCCUCCCCUCAGAGGUGACCACAGAGAGGAGGGGGAGGAGCGGCUGGGAGAGGAGGGGUCGGGGGAGGAGGACAAAAUGUGCCAGAUACCUCUGGGAGAUUGGGUGAUCCGUGUCCUGGGCUGACUGUGUCUGUAAUGGUGGAAGUGUGUGUGUCUGUAAUGAUGAUCACUCUCCUCCUCCCCCUCUCCCCCCUCUGCUUUUUCCUCUCCCCUCCUCCCCCCUCUCCUCUCCUCCCCCUCCCUCUCCUCUCCUCUCCUCCCCCUCCUCCCCCUCUCCUUUUGACUGCAAAUCAAGACUUUGUGUGUGUAUGUGUGUGUUUGUGGUUUCAAGAGGAAUACAUCCUCACCCUGACUCUGAGCUCCAUGCACACAGCCUGCCUCCUCACCUCCUCCUGACUCUGAGCUCCAUGCACACAGCCUGCCUCCUCACCUCACCCUGACUCUGAGCUCCAUGCACACAGCCUGCCUCCUCACCUCCUCCUGACUCUGAGCUCCAUGCACACAGCCUGCCUCCUCACCUCACCCUGACUCUGAGCUCCAUGCACACAGCCUGCCUCCUCACCUCCUCCUGACUCUGAGCUCCAUGCACACAGCCUGGAUGCUGGUCGACAGGCUGCUCGACAGGCUGGUCAACAGGCUGGUCAACAUGUGGGGCAGCUGCUCGAACGAGACGUUUCAGACAGUUAAUACAUCACUAUCAUUUUUGAUAUUCAAAUGCAAUAAUCUGCUUCUACAAAUAUGUACAUGUGAUGUGUGUCACAUGAGCCACCAAGUACAGUAUAAUACUGAAUCAUCUUUGAAUAAACACAUUUUUAUUUAAUGAUU